UCUUCCGGAAGGACCAAGCCCGUAACGACGUCCUUUAGUGUUUAGUGUUAGUGUUUAGUGUCUUUCUUCUUUAAACCUAUCGCUAAAAAAUUAACGUAGUUUAACAAAUGUGCGCAUAUGCUAUUGCAUUUAAAUAACAAAGACUUUUAUUGUGAAGAGUAGUUUGACUGUGGUGGGCGUUUUCGUCACUCUGUCCAGCUUGGCGUCGCCUGGAUCAAUAAAAAAGCGGCUUGUUAGCAAUAAAAAACAGCUAGCAUGGAGGGAGCUUUCUGUCGCUAGCUGCUUCUGCUGAUGGUGUGUUUCGCUGUGAGUUUAGCAAAGGGACAGUCUGUGGAGAGGAGAUUGCAUCAUUGACCGGAUGAUGUCCGCCCAGCCUCUGCAGCAGCAUCAGCAGCCCGGGGCGGAUUCAGCAGCCUGCUAAUAGAGCCAAGCCCGGCUAGCUGAUCCUGAUGACUGGCUGUUUCCUGGCACUGAUUUGCAGUGGGAGGCACCAUGGCCGGUAAGGUGAAGUGGGUGACAGAUAUUGAGAAAUCAGUGCUCAUCAACAACUUUGAGAAAAGGGAAUGGAUUCAAGUUACAGAAAACGACGACUGGAAUUUCUACUGGAUGAGCAUCCAGACCAUCAGGAAUGUGUUCAGCGUGGACACUGGUUACCGCCUGUCAGAUGACCAGAUGGUUAACCACUUCCCCAACCACUACGAGCUGACCAGGAAGGACCUAAUGAUCAAGAACAUCAAACGAUACCGCAAGGAGCUGGAGAAGGAAGGUAGUCCGCUAGCGGAGAAAGACGAGAAUGGAAAAUACAUUUAUCUGGAUUUCGUCCCUGUGACAUUCAUGCUCCCCGCUGAUUAUAACCUGUUUGUGGAGGAAUUUCGUAAGAAUCCGUCCAGCACCUGGAUCAUGAAGCCCUGCGGGAAGGCCCAGGGCAAAGGCAUCUUUCUCAUUAACAAGCUGUCCCAGAUUAAAAAGUGGUCAAGAGACAGCCGCACCUCAACGUUUGUAGCAGCAUCUAGUGGCAAGGAGGCUUAUGUCAUCUCCCUGUACAUUGACAACCCUCUGCUGAUAGGAGGGAAGAAGUUUGACCUGCGUCUUUAUGUCCUGGUGACCACAUAUCGGCCCCUGAAAUGCUACAUGUACAAGCUGGGCUUCUGCAGGUUCUGCACAGUGAAGUACACACCCAGCACCAGCGAACUGGACAACAUGUUUGUGCACCUCACUAAUGUGGCCAUCCAGAAACAUGGGGAUGACUACAACCAUGUCCAUGGAGGCAAGUGGACAGUCAGUAACCUCCGUUUGUACUUAGAGAGCACCAGAGGAAAGGAGGUGACCAACAGAUUGUUUGACCAGAUCCACUGGAUCGUGGUGCAGUCACUGAAGGCCGUAGCCCCUGUGAUGAACAAUGACAAGCACUGUUUUGAGUGUUACGGGUAUGACAUCAUUAUUGAUGACAAGCUGAAACCGUGGCUUAUUGAGGUGAAUGCCUCUCCCUCACUGACAUCCAGUACAGCCAACGACCGCAUCCUCAAGUACAACCUCAUCAACGACACCCUCAACAUCGUCACACCCAAUGGGGACAUCCCGGACUGCCGCUGGAAUCGCAGCCCGCCCCGAGAGGCCCUGGGCAACUAUCAAGUCCUGUAUGACGAGGAACAGGCACAGAGCGAGAACGCUGAGCGUGACCUGCGGAGUCGUUCGGGUCAGUCGCUGGGGUCAAAGGGCACCAAGGGGAGUGCAGGCGUUCGCCCGAUUGCUGCCACUUGGAAGUGAAGCGAUAAUUGCUCCCUCAAAUUGACUUCCUGUACAAUACUCCAGGGACCUCCUGUGGGGAACCCUUCAGACUCCUUUUUUUAACACAUUGGACAGCUGUUCUCUCCGUCCACAUUUCACUGACUGCGGCACAGGGAGGAACAGCACUACUGCUCAACGGAGAAAAUGCAAUGUUGUCAUAUUCAGAAAGUUGAAAGGCUUGUAUUUGUCACUGUUUAUAUGAAUGUAAAACAAAAUAAGUGUAACAGAUGCUCUGAGAAGUUUAAGGUCAAGUCAGGUAGGUCAAAUGUCACAUACAGCAGCGGUUUCCAGCAGUGAGCAUAAAGGAUUACCAACCCGAACUAUGCAUGAUACCUGAUUGAUGACACUUUAACUUGACCUGCCACCACGGUGCUAAUGAGAAGAUACACUGUAUGGUAAUUAAGUGGUACAAAACUAUCGAGUGGAAGUGGUUUAAAGACAUAUUUUACUAAGAGGCAGUUGAUAGGCAGAAUUAGCAGUACUAAACGUUAAUAGAAUUUAAUAAUGUUUUUGUACGUUCAUUAUCAGUAUGUUUUGCGGGAGCUUUGAUGAUUGUAUUCUUGCUGAACCCUCUUGCACUUUAUUUCUUUACAUGUGCUUUAAAAAAUGUCUCAUUGUUGCAUUUUGAGUCUCACCCAUUGUCACAUCUGCUGCAAAUUGAAAUGCUAAUAAUAUGUGUUGAGAUGUAUUCUUAUUGCCUGUUUAUUUCCUCCAACUACUAAAACACCAAAACACUGAUGAAGACUUAUCAUUCACCUUUGUGAUACCUUGAGAAAUAAAUCUCGGUAUUUUAAAACAAAGUCACACAACUCUGUCUCUGGCUGCCGCUAACAUUUUUCUGUAAGUACAGUGUGGCUUUCUUUUCCCAUGAGAAAAUAUAAAUAAAGGAAUUAUAGAAGGUGUUAUUUGAAAAAGUUAUAAAAAGUUACAUCAAAUUGCAGUUCUACAUUAGUCAUUUAUUACUACUAGUCCAUGAUUAAGAUGAUCAGCCAUAAUCACUUAUUUGCUCCAAAAAGCAAUGUGGAUGGGGAAAAGGUGGUGAAAGGGUUUAGAGAAACAUUUCUGCAAUCAAAUUGUGAUUAAGCAAGGCUGUAACAGUAUGAUUCAACCCUGCCCUUACACAGUGUCCAAGCUGGUGUUUUCUUUUUGAUUAAAUGCUGCUUUAUUUUAGUUGCCUUAUGCC